GUCAAUUUUAUUCAAGAAAACUGCAGAAAAUACUGAGAAUAAUGGAUACAACUGCUUCUGAAGCGAAUCUAGCGAAUAAAAUAAAUCAUACAAAAGUGAGAUGGGUAAUACCACAGAGGUUAGACUUCAUUACAUUUAUCGGUAAACAGGUGUUAGCAAUCGCACACGACAUAUACAUAAUAUUUUACAACUUUAAAACCAAAAGUGAAAUUGUAUAUACUGCAAACAACCAUAUAAAUGGUGAUGGAGUCGAUGUUAUUGCAGGACACAGAUCGAACAUAUUCGUGUUUGCUGAAAAAGUUAACAACCCGAGGAUCUUCGUCCUUUCAUAUCCCAGGUUUAACCAACUGGCGCUACUUAAAGACUUAGACGUGAACAGAUACAAGUCGCUUUGCAUGAUGGAAGGUGACCUGAUAGCCACCUUCUCCGGCUUCCCCAACUAUCUGAUGACCGUAUGGAACUGGCGGACGCAGCAGCGGCUAGUGGCUCUCCCUACCGGUGUUAUUAGAAGAAAGCAGAUUUACAUGGCGAGUCGCACACAUAUGCUCGUAUGUGAGUGCUGGGGCGAGGGCCUAAUCGUGUGGGAGGUAGCGCAGUGUCACCGGCGCUGCCUGGUGCUGCGCCGCGCUAAGGAGGAGGUCACCGGAUGGGAGAUCGCUGAGCCGCCGCUCAUUGACGUUUGCUGGACCAGCGAUGGACAGCUCUAUGCCAUAGAUAAGGAUGCUAAUUUGUAUAGUAUGCUGUCAGAUGGUAUUGGGAUGGUAUCACACCUGGAAUGGUCGGAGAACCUGACGGGCUCCGAAAAGUCAAGCGUCUGCUCUUUCGGGAACGGCAUCCUUAUCUACGGACCCGAUCAAUUCCUUCGAUUGCUAAAGAAAGCUGAAAACAAAUGGAAAGUAUCGUGGACGUACUUGACCUCAGAGAGCGUGGAGCGGCUGGUUUCCAACACCAGCAGCGACCUCGCCGCCGUGUGGACGCAGAGUGGCCGCCUCUACCACAUCACUGAGACUGAUGACAAACUUGAUGUCGUACUUCAUGUUUAUAGACAAAGGAACAUAAUUAAAAUUCAGAUGAUCGCGCCAGAUAAUAAAUAUCUCGCCACGAUUAAUAAAACAGGAGAGAUUUGCAUUUACGAAUUACUUACUGGUAAUUUGAUCCUAAGAAAAUUGGUGGAGGGAAAUGACGUAUCGUUCCAAGCGAGUCCCGUGGACCCGCUGCUCAUUAUGUUCGGCGAGCUGGGCGUCAACUAUGGCAUCGGGCUGUUCACGUUCGCCCCCGAAGUGGGGCUGCAGCAGGUGGGCAGCAUGUGCCUCACACAUCAGAUCGUCUCGCAGAUCGUGUUCUCCCCCACUGGCAGGCAGGUCACCGCGGUCGCCGCCUCGGCCGGACACAUAUUUGUGUUUCAACUAUCGGAGCAAUACAAGCUAUCACUGGUGCGGUACACGGAGCUAGGCCGCGGGCUGGCGGACAGCUUCCUCAUGAAGGUCGGCGACUCCAUGCGCUCCUUCAACCUCGUACUCUUCUCAGACAAGUAUGCUAUUGGAGAGCGCAUCAUGUGCGUCAACGCGGACAAUGGCAAGGACAACAAGUUCGCGGGCAAGAUGCAGGGCCCGUACGCGCAGCUGCUGCCGCUGGCGCAGGCGGGCUGCGCGCUGGCCGUGCCGCACCUCGCCAGCCAGCUGCACGUGCUGCGCCUCUCCGGCGAGAAAGGCAUAACAGUCUCGGUGAAAAUGGGCCCGGUAUUCGAGUCAGGACAUGACCUGAAGCAUUGCAGGGGUUACAUCAACAGCGCCGCCCUCGUCACCUUCAGCUAUGAUGGUACAGUCAUUCUGAGGAAACCGGAGGCUCCUGUUGAAUACGAAAUAAAGAUGAUUGUUUCGCAUCGCUACGAGACCGGCGUUCAGCAAGCGGUGGUGGACACGAGCCUGGAGUACCUGGCGCACCUGGGCGGCAACGGCACCGUGGCCGUGGCCAUGCUGGACGCCCCGGCGCGCAUCUCCGCGCCCACGCUCUUCAUUGAUUACCAGCCCAUCGAGCUGUUCACGGAGCCGCCUGAUCCAGAAAUUUUGAAGGACGACGAAAUGAUUAAUAUUUUUGACGAGUUUGAGAAGAAUUACCUGGACAUCCAAGAGGAGAAGCGCGUGCACACGGAAGCGAUGGACUACCGGCGCGCGCGCGAGGAGGCGGUGCGCGCGCUGCAGGUGGUGCAGGAGCGCGCCGUGGCGCUGCUGGAGGAGAACCUGGAGGCGCCGCCGCUGCACCGCCUGCCCAUCUCGGAGUUCAACCUGCACGCGGAGAACAAGAAGGAACGCCUCAAACAGGCAGAAAAAGAACGCGAGGAUAUACGAUUGCGCACCGAAGCCCGCAUCCGCGCUCAGGAUAAAGUGACCGCGUGGAUUAAAUCCCAAUGCUGGGAUUCCAUGGCAACGCCGCGGGUCAAGAUUUUUGCAGUAUUUAGUCAUUACUAUGUGGAAAAUUACGCGGUGUUGCCGAACCAACGGGAGCAGUGGCCCGAGCUGCAGGUGGUGGAGGCGCUGCGGGCGCUGGAGAUGGAGAGCGACCACGAAGUGUUCCGUCCCUGGGAGGAGCAGCCCACGCCCGCGCUCGAAAUGACACCAACACAGAUCCGCGAGUCGCUGGGGUCGAUGCGGUCGACGGCGCACAGCGUGGAGAGCCAGGCGCUGCCGGCGGAGAGCAGCGGCUCGGGCUCCGCGGAGGGGCAGCCCUACGCGCUCUCCGGCACCAACACGCACCUCUUCGUGGCCGUGCCGCCCGCCAUGGUGCCGCAGACCCUCGCCUACAGCUUCCUGCACAUGGACAUGCUGCAGCACCUCGCCCUGUUGAACGCGCAGAAUUUAAGGAUUUGGUUUAACCAACAAUUUGACGACCUCAUGGGUCUCAAAAAGCGGGAAGUCGGCCUAGUCCAGGACAGGAAUGCGCGUCUGCGUUUUAUAAUUCAAGAGUUAAACACGCUGUCAGACCUUCGCGGCAGCUUUCAUCACUUGACCAUCCAGAUAAAUGAUCCGGAGUGGCGCCAAGAAGAACAGCCAUUUAGGCUUAUUAAAGUGGACACGGAGGAGUGCAGCAUUCCGCCGUACGUGAGCCCGAGCCAGAUAUUCAUCCCGCCGCCGCCGCCCGGCCCGCCCGACGACUUCCGCGAGCGCGCGCUCAUCGAGAUGAUGGACGGCGUGCUUGAGAAGCUAUGGCACGAGGAGAUCAAGAAACCCAUCCCCAAGCCCCAAUGCAUGCUGGACAAGGACCCGGAGCACUUCAACGAGGACGACCUGCGGCUGGUGUUCGAGUACGAGGCGAAGGUGGCGUUCCGCGAGGAGGAGCGCGACAAGUACCGCAAGAUGCUGCACGCAGAGUACGCCAAGCUGUCGCAGCUCCUCAACGAGGGCAUCGUCAAGUUCAAUCAUAAGGUAAAGGAAAUGUGGCUUACCAGAUUGAGAAUAGACUCAGCCAUCGGACAAGAGAAUCUAAACUUGAUGCGGCUGCGGCGGACCAACUUGGAUCGUAUUGAGUUAGCGGAAGAAAUAGAAAAAAUGAGGAACGACAUAGCGCGGUACGAGUCGGAGAUAGAGAUGCUGCAGGGGGAGAGCCAGCAGAUCAGUGUGCAGAGCGAGGAGUGCACGGCGGCGCACGAGGCGCUGGUGCAGAAGGACCGCUACUUCGACAAGACCUUCAAGAACCAUUUCGCCGAUCUUUCUCCUAUCAUUGUAGAACAGUGCUACAAGUUCUACAAGAAGCGGCCGAAGUGGCAGCACCGCGCGGGGCUGGGCGCGGGCGUGCUGCUGGAGCUGGCGGGCGCGGUGCUGGCCGCCACGCGCCCCGCGCUGCUGCCGCCGGACGCAUUGGAUUUCUUACGCGCGUUGGAGCAGCUGGACCUGGUUAGUAACAUGCCGCCCGUCAUGGACGAGAACCUAUGGACAAACAUGUGCAAACUGCGUCGCGCCAAGAUCGAAAACGAGAUGAGGAUGCGGGCGGCGGUGCAGGAGCUGGCGCUGGUGGAGAGCGCGGCGGCGACGUGGGGCAAGGCGGCGCAGGCGCGGCGCGCGGCGCUCGGCGCGCUGCACGACCGCAUGCUGCAGCACCGCCGCCACGUCGAGCUGCUCUCCCGGAACAAGACCAUACAGUUGGUGCUGCCUGCCGGGCAAGUGGAGGUGGUCACAACUGGUCACAUUGAAGACUUUGAUGACGCCGCUCUUAUUUUACGAGAAGACAUUGAACGUAUCAAUGAAGUAAUUCUGAAAGUUGGUGAAAUGAAGUUAAACAUGAUGCGGAGGCAGAUGGAGUACCGCAAGGGCAUCCUCGCCAAGGAGUGGGAGCAUGCGCAGAUGAAGAUGAAACUGCGCCACAUGGAGCAGGAAUUAUACUCCUAUCAACGUCUCAAGAUACCCAAAGAGCUGCAGCUGUACCUGAAGAACAAGGAGCUGGGCAGCACGGACGAGCAGCAGUUCGUGCGCAUGGAGCGCGACAUGGACGCCAGCCGCCGCGCGCUCGACCGCAACCUCACAGAGCUCAUCCGCAAGCACGAGGAGAUGGAGCUGAAAUGCACGGCGUUAACAGCAGACAUCGACAAGCUCAAUUUAGUAAUAUCGAAGCUCAACCUGAGAGUGUCAGAGAAGCGACUGUCCGAAGACCCACUGCAACCGAUACGCGUGAGGAAGAUUUUCAAAAUGAGAAUGGAGACGCUGGUGGCGCGCAGCCAGCUGGUGCGCGAGGUGCAGGCGCACCACACGGAGCUGGUGCUGCUGCAGACGGAGCUGGAGCUGCUGCGACUGCGCACCUACCCCACGCUCGCCACAUUCCGCAUUAUUACCUGAUCACAGUCACACUACAAGACUAGUUAUAUUUUAGGCCUAGCAAGGAGUCUAUAGUUGUUUUAGUUAAAGUUUGUGUUAGUCUGUUUUUGUC